AUGCCAAACCUGAGGAAAAUUGCAUCCAGGCUUCAUACAAAGACACAAGUUAGAAAAGCACUGAUCCUACUGGCCCACUCAGAGAGGACAUCCUUCAACUAUGCCAUGAAGGAGGCCGCUGUAGCGGCUUUGAAGAGGAAAGGAUGGGAGGUCACUGUGUUGGACCUGUAUGCCAUGAACUUCAAUCCUGUCAUCUCCAGAAACAACAUCACAGGUAAACUGGAGGACCCCGGGAACUCUCAGUAUCCUGCCGAGUCUGUUCUAGCUUAUAAAGAAGGCCGUCUGAGCCCAGAUACUGUGGCCGAACAAAAGAAGCCGCAAGCCACAGACCUUGUGAUUUUUCAGAGUGGCACUCUGCAUUUCUGUGGCUUCCAAGUCUUGGAACCUCAACUGACAUAUAGCAUUGGGCACACUCUCGAGGAUGUCCGAAUUCAGAUCCUGGAAGGAUGGAAGAAACGCCUGGAGAAUAUUUGGGAUGAGAUGCUACUGUAUUUUGCUCCAACCCCCCCAAGUAGCCUCUUUGACCUAAACUUCCAGGCAGGAUUCUUAAUGAAAAAGGAGGUACAGGAUGAACAGAAAAAUAAGAAAUUUGGCCUUUCAGUGGGCCAUCACUUGGGCAAGUCCAUCCCGACAGACAACCAGAUCAAAGCCAGAAAAUAA